GAACCCCGGGACCGAGGACAGAAAAGCUUUUCGUGAGCCAUUUCAACAUCGCGUCCUGACUUCGGAGGCGGGAGAUGUAGGUCUCGCGAAUUUAAAACUCGUCCAAAAAGGAAAGUAGUUACGUAACGUACUUGCCAAGACAACCCACUUACACUUCAUCUCUUCUUCGCAUUUCACGUUUAGCUCGCCAAGAACACCGACACAUGGACAAGCUCUGACCUACUCGCAGAACAUGGCAAGCAGCACGGUCAGACAGACUGUCACCACAACAGUGCAGCAGAGUCCAUCUCUGGACAACAACCUGGAUGCCCUUCUGGAGGACUUACAAACCAGUGUGUCACGGCCAUCUUCAUCCGCAGCAGUGAAUGGCAUCACGACUGCCAGCAGUAAUAGAACAUAUCAUGAGGUUAGCGGCAGAACCGUUCAACGUGAUGUGGCUCCUGGAUAUCAGGUGCAAUACUUGUCUGCAGCCAACCCAACAACCGUUGUUUCUGAAAGAGCUUCCAGCCCUGGAGUGGAAUUGCUGAAUCAGCAGAAAAGUGGAGGCAGCUUGACAACAUACAAGACGGUCGCUUACAAAUAUAACACAGGCAGCAACACCACCCAACCAAUCUCAGGGUUGCUUGUAGAUGGCAGCAGUGUGUCAGCAUCAGACCCUACGUCUGAUGCUCGACUGCAGCAGAAUCUCAAUGAGCUGGACAGCCUGCUGGUUGACUUGCAUCAAGCGCAGAAAGCAGGCUUCAGCACAGAUCAAGGUGAUGUUUCUACGAGCAUAGCCAGGAUUCGGAACAUAGAUCCAGGACUACUAGAGCCUGUUGAUCAUAGCACACCCACACGCCAGCAACUUCAGCAUGUGACACGUGUCAUCCAGCAGCAAACCUACACUGAUGUAGGAGGCACCGGCCCCUCUCCUGUUCGUUACCAGAAUGAGCCACCAUCCAGCCCUCGGCUUCAGCCAAAGCGUUCUUCAUCUGCACACCGUGAACUCAUGUAUGGUACUGUUGACACCCAGCACCGCACCACCCGCUCUCCAUCUCCCAUGAGACACCCUGAUCCAUCUCCUCGGAUACCCCAUCGCACUGUGGUACAGAAGGAAACUCACUAUGAAACAAGGGGCAAUAUCACUCCAAAACAAGAACGCUAUAGAGACAAAUCACCAUCCAAUCGUCGUCUACAAAAGGAAGUGUAUUAUGAGUCUUCCAAAUCUUCCACGCCAAUCCCUCCAUCUCCGCAAUAUGAUCACUAUAGAGAGACCUCUCCCCCCUCACAGAGGAGAGGAGUUUCACCAAUGAGGCAUUUGAACCAGAACCUGCCAGAUUCAUAUUCCAGUCAGCCACCUGGGUCUUCCAGUAGGAUUACAACUGUUCGCACAUAUAAUUAUAACACUACUGGAGGUUCUGGUCCUUCUCCAGUGCUUCCUACAUCACAUUCUAGUGCCCCGCCACCAUCUCCUACCCCUCGAUCCCCGUAUACUGACCACACCGCUCAAGUUGUGGAGCUGACUCCAUCACCUUCACCUGUUAUCACCUAUGCCUCACCCCCACAAGUUCCACCACCAGGAGCAAAGGUCACCACGACAGUAAAAACAUACACAUAUGAGAUCCCAGGUCAGCCAGGAACAAAUCACCAGUAUCCAACUGGAAAAAAUCAACCAUAUCACUCUGGAACAACUCAACCAUAUCCACCAAAUUACAGCCCCAUAGAACCUCCCAGUGACGGCAUGCUAACGUACCAAGUGUCGCCCCGAGAGAAGGAGCCCGUGACAGAACCACCACCGCCACCACCACCAACUGUCAUCACCUAUAAAUACUCCAGCCAUUCAUCACACAGUUCGAGCUCCAAGUUCCCAGUGCAACCAGAGGAACAGCAACCCCUGCUGCCACGACCCUUCCCCACCCCAACGCCCAAUACCAAUAACCAGCCACCCAAGAGACUAGAUGACCUUAUGGCGUCCUUCUCAGACACAGAGUCAACACAUCAUUACCCGCCUGAGAAACAUACACAUCAGUCACCAGUGCCCUAUUCAGAAGGCAGCACUGGGGUUGCUGUGGUGACACCAACACCAAACGCUACAGUAGUUGCAGCAGCCACAUCAGCAGCGACCAGUGACAGGCCAAAGACCAAGAAUAUUACUGGGCCACCUGUCUACUACCCACCUGGGGUUGAGUUGUUUGCCAAGAAGGAGGAAUCUAUGGCAAUGCAGGGGAAAAAGGCGAGUGGUAGUUAUGAGUAUGAACAUGCAAAAGAGAGCAAGAGUAAGAACGGUAGCUCAGGCGGGGCAGCCGUUGUGCCAGUGUGCUUGCCCCUGUGCUGUGCCAUGCCUUGCGUCAUCAUGUGAUGACUUACACAUAAGCAUAGAAACAUUAUGAAUGGUAUUAAUAUACCAAGUACAAUGAUCAUAUUAAUGCGUGUGUUAACCUUAAACUGCCGGAAGACAGAAAACAGCAGUAAAUAUGGUUCUAUGUGUUUUCUGUUUGUAACAACUUUAUCCAGUAUCUAAGCUUUGUCACACUUAAUACGUGCUGCGGUUGUCUGGAUCAAGAUCCAGAGCUUACAAGGAAGUUACUGUUCAUAAUUUGAGCAGUAUUAUUCAUUAAGGACUGUGUUAACGCUGUAUGUUUCUAUUGUCAUCACCAUAGAGGGUCAAAGCUUGGCUUGUAAGAUUUGAGGUUUUCACAGCGGUGAGCAUGAAGAUUUCU